UUUGUGUGAUUUAUUUAUUUGAAAAUAUUAAAAACAAGUUUAAUAAUCAUAAUGACCGAGAAAGAUUUGUUAGCAAAAUUAGCCAAUGUACCAUUGGCAAAGCCUGGUUUCGAUGCCCUUGGUAUGUCGGCUCCUGUUCUUGUACAAAUGAACCCUGAUGGUAAAUGGGAAAAUACUAAGCCAGGGAAUCUAGAUGAGGAACGUCUGAAGGCUGUUGUUCAACAUCUAGUCAAUUCAAAAGCUGUGUCUGCAGCUCAAAGCUAUUGCUGUCAGUGUGCUAAAGACAGCCAGAAAGAAGGAGGAAAGUCGAAUUAUGUACCUGUUAUCAUGAUGCCCAUUUACCCUGCUGAUCAAUGCCCUUUCGACAUGGACUGCGAAGUACAAAAAAUCAAAGAAGCAGAAUCAAAACCCUCUAAAAAGAAGGGAAAAGACGAAAGUGCGAAAGAGAGUGAAAAAGAGAAGGAAAAAAAGAAAUCAAAGAAAAAGGGAUUCACUUUACAGCGGCUAACUGAUUUUGACUUACUUUCACAGUGGUGAAUUUGUGAGUUUGAAGCUACCUUUUGAUUAUGGCGUUGGUGUGGUAUUGUGAACGACUGUCCUGUGCUUACUGAAAAGAAACUUUGAACAAAAGUUAAAUUACUAAUAAAAUUUUGGAAAAGUUAGUUAUAUUUUGUUUCAACACAUCAAAAAUUUUACUAUUACUUUAAGCUGGUAAGCAAUUAAGUAUGGGUAGCAAUGGGAAUUUGAAUUGGGUACAUAUUACUAAUCAUAUUAAAGACCACGAUCACCUAUCAGGAACUUGUCAGUGUGUUAUAAACUAACAUUUUAUUAUUAAGUUUUAACUCUUCUGUGUUGAAAAUGUAGGUAAUUUAACAUUUAAGUUUCUCAUUCAUACACAUCUUUGAUAUCGUAGCUUGCAAACCUACUUCACCAUAAAUCGCAUCUGAAAUAUUGAGAUUUCUCGAUUAUGAUGAAAAUAAACUAGGUUCAAAAUGUUUAA